GGUUCAAGAAAGCCGUCAUGUAUUGUGCGCGGUUCAUAAAAGCGCGAGCGAAUGGUUGGUCUCUUUCUUGGACUUGGACGAAAGCCCUAAAGCGGCGCCGGCAGCAGCGAUCCUCUCCUCGCCUCCCUGGGCGCCAAGGCUCGGUCAGCAUUAGCGUGCAAAAUGUUUACUGCAAGGAAAAAGAUCCAAAAGGAAAAGGAUCUCGAGCCAACUGAAUUUGAGGACACAGUUGCUCAGGCAUUUUUUGAUCUUGAGAAUGGAAAUCAGGAAUUAAAGAGUGAUUUGAAGGACCUUUACAUCAAUUCAGCAGUUCAGUUGGAUAUUGCUGGGAAUCAUAAAGCUGUGGUUAUCCAUAUACCACAUAGACUUCGUAAAGCCUACAAGAAAAUUCAUGUGAGGCUGAUUAGGGAGUUGGAAAAGAAGUUCAGUGGGAAGGAUGUGGUUCUUAUUGCCACGCGAAGGAUAUUAAGGCCGCCAAAGAAAGGUUCUGCUGUUGUGCGCCCCCGCAGCCGCACUCUAACAGCAGUUCACGAUGCCAUCCUAGAAGAUGUUGUCUACCCGGCUGAAAUUGUUGGGAAGCGAGUGAGAUAUCGCCUGGAUGGUUCUAAGAUCAUCAAGAUCUUCCUUGACCCGAAGGAACGCAACAACACUGAAUAUAAACUCACGACGUUCUCAGGAGUUUAUCGAAAGCUCUGUGGGAAAGACGUGGUAUUUGAGUACCCUAUUACCGAAAAUGCCUAGAAUCAUUUGAUGUGUAAUUUGGUUCGGUUACUCAAUCUACAAGCAGGGAUAUUUUUGCUGAGAAGUUUUGCUGUUUACUGAUUUCAAUUUGGAAUUUGACUCCAGAAUAAUGGUACUUGACGUUUGCAUAAGCUCAUUCCUUUUUCGAGAGCCA